UGUUCGCAAGCAGCUCACGGGACCGGCGAGCGGCUGCGGCACGAAGCGCUCUCCGUGGGUCUGCGCGUUUAUUUCGUAGAUUACUUUGAAUUGUUUGUUCAGCUCAUCCUCGCCAACAACACUCCCACUGUUUACUUGUUCGGCGUGUCUUUAACAGCCACGGGAAAGUGAUGCUGUGCUUAGUGGAGGAUUUUGUGUCGAGCAAAAGCCAUCAUGUUUGCAGAACGUUAGUUCAAACUCCCGAUAACGACAUGAAGCACUAGCUACCAGCUGUCUGAGUGCUUGGGCCGCUUCCUCUUUCGGGCACCGAGCAGUUGUCGACGAUUUCAGGUCGUCUGCGGCUCCAUGAUGGCGAUGUUUAGGAGCUUUGUGUCGGCGAGCUCCCAGCUCCGCCAGCAGCAGCAGCAGCCCAGCGGCGGCCCGGGUUCGCUGGCAGCCCCGGCGGAAAGCAUCGAGAGCCAGUUCUCCUGUCCCAUCUGCCUGGAGGUCUACCACAAACCCGUCAGCAUCGCCAGCUGUGCUCACACGUUUUGUGGGGAGUGUCUGCAGCCCUGUCUCCAGGUGACGUCACCUCUCUGCCCCCUCUGUCGUGUGCCCUUCGAUCCCAAGAAGGUGGAGCGGUCCUCCAGUGUGGAGAAGCAGCUGGCUUCAUAUAAAGCACCCUGCAGGGGCUGUAACAAGAAGGUGGCUCUAGUAAAGAUGAGGACCCACAUUGCUUCCUGUUCUAAGGUGCAGGAGCAGAUGGCCAACUGUCCCAAGUUUGUUCCUGUGGUGCCCACCUCCCAACCUAUACCAAGCAAUAUUCCAAACCGGUCAACGUUUGUGUGUCCGUUCUGUGGGGCCAGAAACCUGGACCAGCAGGAACUGGUGAAGCACUGUAUGGAAAACCAUCGUAAUGACCCAAAUAAAGUGGUGUGUCCAGUGUGCUCAGCCAUGCCGUGGGGAGACCCCAGUUAUAAGAGCUCCAACUUUCUUCAGCAUCUUCUCCACAGACACAAGUUCUCAUAUGACACGUUUGUUGACUACAGCAUCGAUGAAGAGGCAGCGCUGCAAGCAGCUUUGGCACUAUCACUGACUGAAAACUGACCGAGCUCACACCACUGCCCCCUCAGCACUUCUGAUGUUCCUUCUUGGAGGUCGAAGCUAUCAUCCACCCAGCAGACACAGCUGAGCUAGCCUGGUUCAUACAGUGUGUACAGGAGCUCCACCACAGACUGUGGACUGGUGAUCAGUUCAUACAUGUGUUUGGAAACAUUCGUCACUACUUUAUUUGGUGAUCUAAGAGAAAGCUGGACAGUUUUCAGCAGGUCCAGUGACUGUAUUCACAUGAGUUAUAUUAACCUGUUUGUUUGUUUUGAACAAUCUAAGCAAAAACCUGAAACAUGUUUGUUUUUUAAAUAAAUUCCAGUCUGCAUCUUUGUGCUCUGCCCAUCGUCAGCUUCACUUCACAGCUGCAAUAAGGAUCACAUGAAGGGCUGCCUUCCUGGACCUGUGAAUAUGACACAUACUGCUGAUGUCAAACCCUCAGAAAGGUCAGGCCUCUGACUGGCUGCUGCUGCAGGUUAGAUCUCAGCCCAGUGAACAGACCCUGCAGAGUUCAGGUAACAAACCUUUGCUUGGACACGAUUCUGUAGUAAGCUGCUGGAAAGCCACUGAGUGCUGAUCUGCUGCUUAUCUGCUCAGCACAGCCACCCUGUGUCCCUCCUGGCAGAGCAGGUCACCCACUAACUGGAAGGUUGGUGGUUCGAUCCCCGUCUGCUCCAGUCUGCAUGCCAAAUACCCUUGGGCAAGGGACUAACCCCCGUUGCUCCCUGAUGCAUCCAUCUGUGUCAGUGUCAGAGAGAAAGCACUUACACAGAAGGAAAGUGCUUGUUUGUGUGAAUGAGGCAAGUUUAGAAAAGCGCUCUAUAAGGUGCGAGUUUGACGGCCGCUCUGUUGAACCUGAUGCAGCCAACGUGUUUCUGCAGCUUUUGGACACGUCUGUGUUUCAUCGCCUCUGCAUGUAACACAGCCGCAGCACAAUGUUCCUGUUGCUUCCUGGACAGACUGCUGCACUUUUGUCAGGUUUAGUUUGACAGCUGAUGAAGUCUUUGAGCAGGUCCGACCUGUGAGCAGAGGAGCGUCGUGAGCAGCCGAUGCUGAGCUUCAACGAACUGUUGAACGUGGCUGUCAUUAGGUCACCAUAGCAACCUGAACACAACAGAGUUAUGUUCAGUUUAAAGUCGUCGGUGAGUAAAAUGACACAUGAUGUAAUGUCCACAUCCACAGACUCAGCUGGACGAUGUCAGACAUGAAUGUCGAGAUUUUAAGAUGUAUCUGCGUUUGAACGUGCUGGAGGAUUUUCAGAAUAAACAUAUUCCUCCUGGGAGCACACUAAAUAAAAAUAAUAAUUCACAA